AUGGAGAUCCCCCUCAAGUCCCUCCCCGGCGGGCGGGCCGCCGUUAGCGGAAAUAUGAUGACUCAGUCAGAUUUAGAUCUAAAAGAGGCGGCUUUGAAAGAGGAUUUGAAGUUUUACUUCAUGAACCCAUGUGAAAAAUACAGAGCAAGAGGUCAGAUACCAUGGAAAUUGGCUUUGCAGAUUUUGAAGAUACUUAUGGUUACAACACAGCUUGUUUUUUUUGGUUUGAGUAACCAGCUGGUGGUCUCAUUCAAAGAGGAAAACACUGUUGCUUUUAAACACCUAUUCCUGAAAGGCUAUUCUGGAACUGAUGAAGAUGACUACAGCUGCAGUAUAUAUACACAACAGGAUGCUUAUGAUAGCAUUUUUUAUGUUAUUAAUCAGUACAGGAACUUAAAGAACAUAUCCCUGGGGACCCUUGGUUAUGAACAUGAAGAAUCAGGUCUAAAAAUCUGUAAACAGCAGUACAAGAGAGGCACCAUGCUUCCUUCCAAUGAUACUCUGAACAUAGAUGUUUCUACUGAAACAGAAUGUAUCCUUUUAAAGCCAAAGGAACUAACUGGUAAGAAGGCAGAACUGAAGCUGAACUCUUCUUUUUUCAAUCUUGAAUUUUACAGGCUUAUACAGGUUGAAAUCUCCUUCAAGCUGAAAGGCAUUGCUCUUCAGACAAUCCAUGCCCGUGAAUUGCCUGACUGCUAUGCAUUUCAGAACACUAUAACUUUCAACAAUAGAGCCCACAGUGGAAAAAUCAAGGUCUAUUUUGACAGUGACACUGAAAUUCAGGAGUGUAAAGACUGGCACAUAUUUAACUCAGUUCUCCAGAAGAACACUCAGUAUAUUCUAGUCUUUGAUGGGUUUGUCAUAUUGAGUUGCUUGGCCUCUCUCAUCCUGUGCACGCGAUCCAUCGUUCUUGCCUGGAGGCUGCAGAAGAGAUUUGUGAAUUUCUUCCUGGAGAAGCACAAGCACCGCGUGUGCUAUGCUGACCGCCUGGAGUUCCUGAACGGCUGGUACGUCCUGGUCAUUAUCAGUGAUGUCAUGACAAUCAUUGGGUCAAUCCUAAAAAUGGAAAUAAAAGCCAAGAACCUCACAAGUUAUGAUGUCUGCAGCAUUUUACUUGGGACAUCAACUCUGUUUGUCUGGGUUGGAGUCAUCCGAUACCUGGGAUACUUUCAAACCUACAAUGUGCUCAUUUUGACUAUGCAGGCCUCGCUGCCAAAAGUGCUGCGGUUCUGUUGUUGUGCUGGGAUGAUCUAUCUUGGCUAUACUUUCUGUGGCUGGAUUGUCCUGGGGCCUUAUCAUGAAAAGUUUGAGGAUCUGAGCACAGUGGCUGAAUGUCUGUUUUCUUUGGUCAAUGGUGAUGAUAUGUUUGCAACAUUUGCUCAAAUCCAAGAGAAGAGUUCCCUGGUGUGGAUGUUCAGCCGACUGUAUCUGUACUCCUUCAUCAGUCUGUUUAUAUACAUGAUCCUCAGCCUUUUCAUUGCACUCAUUACUGACUCCUAUGACACCAUAAAGAAAUACCAACAAAGUGGUUUUCCAGCAACAGAUUUACAUGAAUUUCUAAAAGACCAUAGCAGUGCUGGCUACAGAAAAGACAGAACUUCUUUUCCACUCAUCUGCUGCUGCAGGAGACAACAGAGUGAUGACAACUUGAUACUUAUCAAUUGA